GAAGAUGUAAGCAAUGCAAUCGCAUGUUUUUCUGCUUGUGCAAAAUUAGUUGAUGAAUUGGACCUUUUCAGCUCAAACGAAACGGUGGAUGAUAUCAACUCUACAGAUCUAAAAUUCAUUCUAGUUUAUGCAUAUCUUGGAGAUUUGAUGACAAAACUUAUCGGUGUAAAUAGAUUAGAAAUAUUAAACAAUGCCAAGGAUAAGAAAUUCGUCGAGGAACAUUCAAAUGGAAUUGUCAAGGAUUUAGCAAAAAAGCGUGAAGAAAAAAUUGAGCGCUACAAAAGAGAAAAAGAGACCAAAGCAAAACUAGAGAUGUUGCAACAACAACUAAUCUCGACUAAAGAUGAUGACAAGGAAGAUAUUAACCGCGAAUAUAUUUUAACCCUUAUCAAUCUCUUUAUUCAAAAAUCAAUUGAACAAUUGUUGUUGAUUAAACAAGAGAUUGAUUUGUUGAAUCAAAUGCGCAUGAUGGAGUCAGGACAAGGUUCUUCCGUAGAGAUGAAAGAUGAUACUAGGAUAGAAACUGUCCAAAGAAAUCACAAUGGGCCGUUGUUAUCGCGGGAUGGACGUCCACUUCGUCCAUUCGUUAUUACAAACCAACGUGAAGCAAUAAAAGAACAAGUGUUUCGUCCAA